AUGGGUUUAAGCUAUCUGGUGUAUUCGGGGCCAAGAACUGCACGAGGCAUCUCCAUUGUACACGCUCGAUCACUCGCUCACUACCUAGGCGUCGAGGCAUUGACUUCUGGCCCAAGAGAUGAUCCAACGUCAGCCUCGUGCAGCAGUAUCCUGAAUCUCCCAGGCCCUGCGACACAAGUAGAAAAGAAAAAUUCUCAUGCAUGA